AUGGUAGAUGCAGCGUGCGUGCGGGACGACAAAUGCACGCACGCUUGGAAGAAGAUGCUCGUGCCGCUCACAGCGUCCCUCUACGUGCCCGGCUCACUCGACGACGCCGAGAAGAUCCUCGUUGACGUCGGCACGGGUUACUUCAUCGAGAAAACUAUGGCUCAAGGAAAAGAAUACUGUGAAAGGAAGAUUAAUUUACUGAAGUCCAAUUUUGACGAACUACUUGAAAUGGCUACGAAAAAGAAAACGGUAGCAGAUGAAAUGGGUAUGCUACUACAAGCCAAGCUGAGGCAAGCUUCUCCGUGUCCAAGUUCAUGA